AUGGCUAUUUUUUCUGAACCUUUAGGAAAUACUCGGGUAACAAGAAAUCGUUGGACAUUCAAGGAAGAUGAGACUUUGCGAGAAUUAUAUAGAAAAAAUGGACCCAAGUGGUCCUUGAUUGCGAAAUCUCACAAAACUCGAUCCGCAAAGCAAUGUCGUGAAAGAUGGUUGAACCAGCUUAGCGAUUAUGAACCCCGUUUAUCAACGAAGAAAAGAUCAGAAUCUACUACUUGCACGAAAAAUUUGGAGGAAGCUGGUCAAAAAUCUCUAAGCAUCUGGACGGCCGACAGUUCGACGAAGUUACCUCUUUUACAAAUUGCGCCAAAUACAGUUGGACAACUUUCCCUCUUUUAA